GAUUAUUCAAUUACCUGUAAAAUAAAAUUAAUAUUGCUCGAUACAGUAAAGACGAUGCGUUAUAUCGCCGGAGCAUCAGUACUCGAUUUCUCUCCGUCUCUACUGUUUCACCGCCGUGAUCUCGGAGCUGUUGGCCGGAGACUGCUUAUGACUUCCGCUAAUUCUCGUUAUCAGCCGAGGGAAUUCGAAGGUUGUGAUGACGGAAUCAUCUCGGUAGAGGAGUGGCGGAGAUGGGGUCCGGUGUCUCCACUUCCAGCCGCGGUCAAACAGAUUGUGGAGGAUCUGAAAGUUCUGGAGUGUAAAUUGGAUUCUCCGAUAGAGUUUGGUGGUAAUGGUGGCAAGUUACAGGGACCGUUUGGUGCAUACGAAGAUAAGAAGCAUAGGGCUACAUAUGAAGCAUUAGAUGACCCGGAGAAAAAGUUUCUGUUUUUCUCUGCUCGACAGAUUGCUUGUCGGCUGCUCGGGAGCAGGGGUUAUUUAUGCCAGAAGUGUUGGCUUGCUAUGGAGGAUUGCAUGUGUUCAUAUGUCAAGCCAUGUGGUUUAUGGAAACGGAUACGUUUUUGGCUGUAUAUGCAUCCUAGGGAUUUCCUACGCCAGAACAACACAGGGAAGCUAUUGUGGCAGAUAUUUGGCGUCCAAUCAGCUACACUCUGCGUCUUUGGAAUAGCUGAAGAUGAAGAGAUCAUGUGGAAUGAAUUCAAGCGUGCAGGAAAAAACCAAGUCCGUUGCCUCUAUCCCAACCACAACUCGGAAUUAACUUUCUCGGUUAAAGACGCUUUUGGUAGUUUGGCUUCAGAAAAUCCUGGAUCAUCCAUGACAGAUGAGGAUAAAACUCUGCAUUUCAUUCUGCUUGAUGGCACGUGGAACAAUUCUGCUGCAAUGCUCAAGCGAUUAAAGGAUCAUGCAAAGUCAGUAUGGGGAGAUGAAGAUCUUCCUUGUAUAUCUCUUGCAACCGGUGCAUCAGCAAUGCACAAACUCCGGCCACAACCAUCAUGGGACCGGACCUGCACGGCUGCAGCAGCAAUUGGACUCCUAUCUGAGCUUAGUCUUCUCCCACAGUUAAGCAGUUACGAGUUAGACAAACAAGCUGAUGCAGUCGAGGAAGCUUUGGUCAUACUACUGGACUCACUAACAGGACGCCGCUUAAGAAUGGGCAGUUCAAUUCUACAGUUUAAACUCUCCAGAGAUCCAAAAAAAACUAACGUGAUGGUGAAGUUAACGCAGAGAUUGGGUGGGUUGGUACUGCGAUUUGCGGCAUUUUGUGCCGCAUUAGGAGCGGUUAUCGCAAUGAUCACCAGCCGUGAAAGAUCUUCCUUCUUCGUCAUCUCCCUAGUAGCUAAGUAUAGCGAUUUGGCUGCGUUUAAGUACUUCGUGAUCGCAAAUGCGAUUGUGACUGUUUAUAGCUUUCUCGUUCUGUUUCUUCCAAAGGAGAGUUUAUUGUGGAAGUUCGUCGUUGUGUUGGACUUGAUGGUGACAAUGCUGCUGACGUCAAGCUUAUCAGCGGCGGUGGCAGUGGCACAAGUGGGAAAAAGAGGAAACGCAAACGCAGGUUGGUUACCAAUUUGCGGCCAAGUACCAAGAUUUUGCGAUCAGAUAACCGGAGCUUUAAUCGCCGGUUUAGUUGCAUUGGUUCUCUACGUUUUCUUGCUCAUCUUCUCUAUCCACCAUGUUGUCGAUCCUUUUCUUCUUCGAAAAUCGUGAAUCAAGUACUAUAAAUUUCAAGGCUAAAU